UCCUUUCAUGGUUUUCUCUAGACUCAAUGGACUCUUUACGUUUUUCUUCUGCACGUUAAUUACGAUGCAAAUACGGUGAAUGAGAUUGGCUUUCUUCAUUAUUUAGUUGAGCGAACUUUUUUUUGCUCUCCAAAGCCCGUCCAUUGGACGAAAGGGUCAACAAUGCUAAAUAAACUUACACUGAAAUCCACUACUAACUGCUGCUGCAUUAUCUGUUUCAACUCCCGCUGCAGUUAGACUUUGUCUGUGUUACGUUCUAAGCGUACUUUAAUGACAUCUUUUUUUGGCAAUGUCUUACGAAGAGAAUAACAUAAACUGGCAAGAAUUAUUUGGUAGUAGCGACGAAGAAGAAGAAGAAGAAGAAGAAAUAAAAGCAGAAGCAGCACCGUUACAGCGUGGAUUUGAGACAUUUUGUAGCAACCAACACCCUGCUCAGCCCAUCGUCACUUUUGACGCUAUACCUGGUUUGCGAUUAGUUCGCCAUGCACUUUGUCAUGAAGAGCAAAUGACACUCGUUUAUGCUUUGUUGGACAACCACUUUUUUUCUAAUGGCUCCAACCAAGCCAUGUUGUUCGGUGACUUACCCAAUUAUAUCCAUUGGUUGGAAUCUUGGGUGUUGAACAAGUACCCUGGGUUGUUUGAUGAACCCAUUUUAAACAAGAAGAAACCUCUCUUUGAUCAAGCCAUUUUAAACUUGUACCAGAAAGGUGACGGCAUUGCUAGCCAUGUUGAUCUACUGAGGUGAAAAAAGAACAAAGGGGCGAUCUAGAAGAGAGACAGAGAUAACUGACUCGAAACAUUUAGGUUUGAAGAUGGCAUUUUGAUUGUCUCUUUGCUGUCUUCCUGUGUCAUGACAAUGCGACCGGCUCGUAAAUCCAAGGGCGGCACGUCAACUGGCUAUACAGAAUAUGAAGAUCAUUCCAACACGGUCAAAUACGAUGUUUUACUGCAGCCUGGAGAUGUGUUGGCAUUAUCGAAAGAAGCAAGAUAUGAUUGGGAACACGGUAUAGACAAAAGGUUGGCUGAUGAAGUAGACGGUGAUAUUAUAGAAAGAGGUACUCGCAUCAGCGUGACAUUGAGGAAACUGAAAGACGGUGAAGAACGAUCGCCUUUAGCAACCAAUCAUCGAAAAUAAAAGCGAGCCUUGUAUUAAAACAUCAU